AGAAUUUUAUUAGACUAUAUUACCCUAUUUAGGUUGAUUAAUUACCAAAGAUACCUUCGACCACUCGAUCUCAUCUCUCGUUGGUGAGUCGGUCAGUCGGUGACUGUCACUGGUGAACGGAUUUGGCUCCUUUGGCUCCUCUGUGACGCAAGACAAUGUUCAUCGCACAUCCAUUCUCUCUCUCUAGGGACUCAUCUCUCACUCUCUCCAUUUCUUGAUUUAUUCUUCUUGAAUCGAGUCAGAGGCAGACUCAGAGACAUCCAUUACAGGAGGAAGGGAGAAAGAGAGGGAGAGAGAGACGAAGCAUGGAAACCCAUCUCCUGGAGAUCAACUUGAUCUCUGCUCAGGGCCUCAAGUCUCCCUCUACCAACCUGCGUCGCUUGCAGACUUAUGCAUUGGCGUGGGUUAACCCAACCACCAAGCUCCGCACUCGCGUCGACAUCAUAGGCGGUGAAAACCCUACCUGGAAUGACAAGUUCAUCUUUCGAGUCUCCCCGGACUUUCUCUCCAACGAUACCUCCGCCGUCUCUGUCGAGAUCUAUGCCGUUGGCUGCCUCAAAGAUCCCCUCAUCGGUACCGUCAGGUUCUUGGUUGGAAACUGCCUCUGCCCUGCAGUUUCUUCCCCUACCAAAGUCUUCGCCGGCGUCGGCAUUCCCUCGUUCAUCGCUCUCCAAAUCCGCCGCCCUUCCGGCAGAUUUCAAGGUGUUCUCAACCUUGGAGCUAUGGUGAUCAACGGCAUAGACCUCCUCGGCUUGACAGGAUUCUCGGCGAUUGGGUAUCGUGAUAUGAUGGGCCAUCGAAACCACCACCACCGACGCCAACACCGCAGGCGGGAGCCAUUGAACAAGAACAGCGAGGAACAGCCCGAUUCUUGCGACAAUUCGUCUGGAGACUCCGCGGAAUAUUCCGACGCUGAAUCAUCUUCGGCUUCGUCUACGUCGACCUCAUCGACGGUUCUGCAGGACUGGAACGGGAAAAGGGACAUACUGGCGAAUGGGAACGAAAAAGAUUUUGUGGACAUUGGAGGAUUAUUUUGCGGGUUAGGGUUUCAGCGGAAGAAGAAUCUAUUGCAUUGCUUCACGGGUUGGGGUUCCGGUGGAGCUCUCGUCUGACUCCAUUGCAUCAGAACCUGCAAUUUUUUUGAAGAUCACUUCAGGAUGUCCCAUUCGAAAGCAAAUUUCUAUGAUGGAAGGUUGAGUUCUUUGUGCCUUUGUGGCUAGUGUUGCUAAUGCUGGUGGUUGCUUAACAUCAGUUCUGGUUUUCUUUGUUUCUCUCUCGUCUCUGCUCCCUUAGUCUUGGCCUGAUCAUGAUGGGUCUCUGCUUCCUUCUCCUUCCUGCAACUCCUGUCUCACAAGUUGAUCUCUCAUCAUUUUCUAUGGGUUCUCGCCUCAGUUCUUCACAGUGGGUAGGAUUUAGUUGCCUUUCCUCGUCACUGUAAUGUUCAAAGACGGCCAUUAAUGGAUUCCAAAUGGUGUCUUCAGAACCAUUAAGAAUUUGUUUGGCAUGCAUUGUCAGAAUGCAUAGUGGGUCUAUAAUGCAUUUUGGAGUGACAAAACUGUAUCCAACAAUGUGUCGGAAUGGGUUUUAGGCACGUUCUAGAAUGACGUCCCAUUCUUGAUCCCAUUCUAGAAUUUCAGAGUAAGAACAUGUACCAAACUGUAGUAUUGUCUUUUCAGAAUACAUUCUAGACCCAUAUUGAAACCAA